UAUACAUGGACAUAUUAUGGUAUACAUCGAAAACUCGAAUGUUGGAAAAUGCUGCAGCAGUACGGUUAUGGUAUAGGUACAAACAUUGAACAGUCGCGAUUCAUUCGUUUCUCGUUUUAGUUUGCAUAAUAAUAUAUUAUGUUAUUAUCAGAAUAAAUCAUUUUUCAUAUGUUUUGGAAUUUAGGCAAGUGGUUUAUUUUUCUGCGUGCAUAUAUAAAUAUAUUUAUAUAUGUAUAAUUAUAUAACAUAUUCUACUAUCCAGAAGUCUAAGCUCGUGUCAUUUGUGGUUCCCGUCGACUGAAAUGUAUACCUGUGUUGUUUGUUUUUAAUUACAUAUUUAUUGUUGCAACGUCCAUGUAUAGUCUGCAUACGUCGCGUCAUAAUAUGAGCGGUGCAGCAGUCGGCAUAGCGAACAACUGCAGUGACAGCAACGGGACUACCGUGCGCGUGCGCGUGAUCGCGCCGUCGUCCAUGGGCAAAUCUUCGAACCUGGAGGUGUUCAGGAGAUUCUUAAGGGACGCAGGCAUGACGGCGCACGUCGAUGACUCGAUAUACCGGGCUGGCGCCGAUCUAUUCUACGCGAAUACCGACCAGUUCCGGGCGGCCGACCUAGUGGACGCGCUGACGGACAGCAGUACGGUGGUGUGGUGUGCUCGAGGAGGAGAAGGCGCGUCCCGGUUGAUACCGUACUUGGAGGCGUUGCCUGCGGACCGGAAGCAGAGGAUCCGGGACGCCCGGAAAACACUGGUCGGUUACAGCGAUGCGACGGCACUGCACGUGUACCUACAGACGGUGUACGGGUGGCAGACGGUUCACGGCACAAUGUUGGAAAUGAUCGCCAAUGGCACGGUGGACAGGCGAUCGGUAGACGCACUGGUGGCCCUGUUGACCGGCCGAUCAGACCGAGUCCGGUACGAAUUGCGGCUGAUCUCUACCAACGGCCGCGGCCUCCGGGACGGGCUCUCGCUGAGGUCCAAGAUUGCGGGCGGCAACUUGACGCUAGUCGAGAACUCGCUGGGCACAUCUUGUGGCUUCCGUGGUGACGGUAAAAUCGUGUUCUUGGAAGACGUGCGCGUCCAACCGUACUCGUUGGAACGAAGCCUCGAUCACAUGAAACUGGCAGGCGUGUUCGACGGCACCACAGCCGUCGUGUUUGGUUCGUUCAAUGUGCACGAGCGGCCCAUGAGUAGCUUAAACGAUGGACCUUCGUCGGACGACCACCUGACAGCCUUGGUGUUCCAGCGGUUCGCGGCUUCUGUACCGUUUCCCGUCUUCAACGUCGAUGGCAUAGGUCAUAGUUUCGUCAACAACCCGCUGCCGCUCAACACUGAAGCCACAGUGGUGGGACCGACGCGGUUCGACGACGCCUCCGAAACAUCGUCUUACACCCUGACCGUCGACAACGUCUAUUAUAAGAAUACCUAACCUAACCAUAGUCAACCAUCUGCACCACUUGACCAGCAGCUUAGUCCGCAGGUGUAGCUCUCACAGGCGGGGGCUGAGUUAUGGGGCAUGCCACUGAGGCAUGAUUCGAAGCUGCAGUGACUCUGAAAAAAAGCCAAUACUUAAUACUAUACCCCGAAGAAUACAUGGUUCUUACUUCUUUUAUAAGCAACUAUAAUAUUGUCAAACUACUCUAUAAAAAUAAAUUAAAAAUUUCAUUUCAAAAGAAUUACCUAGGAAACUAGAUAUUGAAGAAGUUAUACACAUAUGCUAUUGUCUUUGUUAUCUAGUUAAAAACCCUUGUGCUGGGACAAGUCAAACUUUGUUUCACAUAAAAAGUUACUAUAGUUGUAUUAAAAAUUUGAUAUUUAAUUUACUACUUAUUACAAUAAAUAUUAAAUCAUGAUUA